UCACAGUCCCUCACACUACCUGGGCCUCCUCAUAUGCUACAUGACAUCGCAGAACGUGGACUCCUGGAUCCAGGAUGCAAGGGCCCCAAUACAUGCUGCUCUGCCUGGUUCACCUGAUCACAGCACUGACAGAUGAAGAGAAGAAGACCAUUGUGGAGAAGCACAAUUUCUAUCGCGCCAGGGCAGAACCACCAGCGGCUGACAUGAAGGCUCUGCGAUGGGACCAGACGCUCGAAGACCUGGCAAAGUCUUACGCUGCAAAAUGUAUCUGGGAUCAUAACGAGGAGCGCGGGUUCCGAGGAGAGAACCUCUUCAUAAUGUCCGGAUCCAGUCUGGAUGUGGAGCUGGGUCUGGCUGACUGGCACCGAGAGCGCGACUACUACAACUUCACCACUGAAGCCUGUCAGGAAGGACAGAUGUGUGGACACUACACCCAGAUGGUCUGGGGCAAUUCUGAGCGUGUCGGCUGUGGAGAGAAUUUCUGUGAAAAACUUGAAGGAUUUGAUGAGACGAAUAUGUUUCUCCUGGUCUGUAACUAUGAACCUCCGGGAAACUUUCAAGGAGAGAAGCCGUACACACCUGGAGCCUUCUGUUCCUCCUGUCCAUCCUCACACGUCUGCAGAGAGUCUUUAUGUGCAGAUGAAAGCUUAGAGCAGGAAGAAACCAGCACAGCUCAACUGGGCACAACGUUGUCAGAAUUUCCGUCAGACACAACACAUUCACAGCCUUAUCCAGAACCUACACAAUCAGAGCUGGACCUAGAACCAACAAAACCAGAGCUGGAUCCAAAAAUAAUAUCACAGCUAUUCCUAGAACCUACACAGUCAGAGCUAGUACCAGAACAUACACAAUCAGAGCUGGACCUAGAACCAACACAACCAGAGCUGGAUUCAAAAACAAUAUCACAGCUGUUCCUAGAACCUAAAAAUUCAGAGCUGGUACCAGAACCUAUACAAUCAGAGCUGGACCUAGAACCAACACAACCAGAGCCGGAUCCAAAAACAAUAUCACAGUUGUUUCUAGAAUCUACACAGUCAGAGCUGGUACCAGAACAUACACAAUCAGAGCUGGACCUAGAACCAACACAACCAGAGCCGGAUCCAAAAACAAUAUCACAGUUGUUUCUAGAAUCUACACAGUCAGAGCUGGUACCAGAACAUACACAAUCAGAGCUGGACCUAGAACCAACACAACCAGAGCCGGAUCCAAAAACAAUAUCACAGUUGUUUCUAGAAUCUACACAGUCAGAGCUGGUACCAGAACAUACACAAUCAGAGCUGGACCUAGAACCAACACAACCAAAGCUAGAUUCAAAAACAACAAAAUCAGAGCUGGUCCCAGAACCUGCACAGUCAGACAUGGUCCCUGAACCAACAAAACCAGAGAUGGAUCAAAAAGCAACAAAAUCAGAGCUGGUUCCAGAACCUACACAAGCAGAGUUGAACCUAGAGUCGGAAUUAAAAUUAACACCAUCAGAGAUGGUGCAGGACUUAAUGUCCACCCGGACUACCACAGAACCUCUAGAAAUAAUCACAACACAGAGAGUGGAAAAGUCCAGUCCAGAUGUCAUAGAAGAGACAUCAGUACAACCCACCAGCCAAGUCAUUGCCUUUCCAGAUCAAGAAUACCUUUCUGUCUCUGUGAGACCAUCUCUUCCAGUGACCGCUACACCCCACAUUGAUAAGACUGCCAUUGAGAAAGUUUUUUUCAACGAUGAACCAGAUACACCAACAGAAAAACAAAGAAUCCCAGUAACAGUUAAAGUUACCACCACACAGCCAGUGAAAACACAUGACAUGUCUGUAUUAGUAGACAAACCCCAGGAGAAAAUUGUGGACACAGUAACCAGCCAAGAUCAGGCGAGACGGAAAGACCAACAGUCACCAAAGGCUCCUUCAGAAAAGAAAAAGCAGAAGCAGAAAAACAUGAAUGUAACAUCAAACAAAUGGAAAACCCAAUUGUCCUCUUCCAUGAGACGGGAUUAUAAAUCAGGCCUGGCAGUGCAGACAUACUUUGGUCGUCCUGUCCAGAGCUGGCACCUUGCACGAGCUCCUAGGCCUUGUCUAUACCCAUGUCCCAGGUCAAAGUCUCAACUGGUGUUUCCUCUUUAUCGCACAAAUCACAUUUCAUCUUUGGGAGGAUAUGAUGAGCAAAGCCAGAAGAUCAGUAAAUCUCUCGUAAAGCCCAGCUUCCAGCAGCUUUGGAGACAGUUAGGGUACAAGAGAGGCGUUUACAGCCUGUACCUCCCCCCUGCUCAACAACAUUAAGGAUCAGCAAAAGACAAAUGUCCACUAAGCAGGUUUUGAUUAUCUUCGGUUACUUCUUCAAUGGUUUACUGAAUGUCCAUCAAGAAGUCUUCAACUGCCUUUCAUGCCUGGAAUAGCAAGAUCAUUAGGAACUGUUUAGGCCUCAUGCCUGUGGGUGACAUCACAGAUGCUGGGAGUUAUCUGUCCUGCCUGUUAAGUCAUAGAAGCUCUAUAAUGGAAUCUAAAGUCCUGGAUUAUCUGAAGUCCUCUCCAGCAUAUCAAAAGUCCGGGCAUAUUCAUCACCUCUGGCUGCAGUGCAUCUGGUCGGCAUGAUCUCCACUGCUUGUACUUUUCUCUGCUAUUUAGUUUUAUUCAUCAUCUCUGGCUGUGGUCCAGCUGAUCAGCAUGAUCUCCACUGCUUGUACUUUUCUCUAUUAUUUAGUUUUAUUCAUCGUCUCUGGCUGUGGUCCAGCUGGUCAGCAUGAUCUCCACUGCUUGUACUUUUCUCUAUUAUUUAGUUUUAUUCAUCGUCUCUGGCUGUGGUCCAGCUGGUCAGCAUGAUCUCCACUGCUUCUGCUUUUCUCUAUUCUUUAGUUUUAUUCAUCAUCCCUGGCUGUGGUCCAGCUGGUCAGCAUGAUCUCCACUGCUUGUACUUUUCUCUAUUAUUUAGUUUUAUUCAUCAUCUCUGGCUGUGGUCCAGCUGGUCAGCAUGAUCUCCACUGCUUCUGCUUUUCUCUAUUAUUUAGUUUUAUUCAUCGUCUCUGGCUGUGGUCCAGCUGGUCAGCAUGAUCUCCACUGCUUCUGCUUUUCUCUAUUCUUUAGUUUUAUUCAUCAUCUCUGGCUGUGGUCCAGCUGGUCAGCAUGAUCUCCACUGCUUCUGCUUUUCUCUAUUAUUUAGUUUUAUUCAUCGUCUCUGGCUGUGGUCCAGCUGGUCAGCAUGAUCUCCACUGCUUCUGCUUUUCUCUAUUCUUUAGUUUUAUUCAUCAUCCCUGGCUGUGGUCCAGCUGGUCAGCAUGAUCUCCACUGCUUGUACUUUUCUCUAUUAUUUAGUUUUAUUCAUCGUCUCUGGCUGUGGUCCAGCUGGUCAGCAUGAUCUCCACUGCUUCUGCUUUUCUCUAUUCUUUAGUUUUAUUCAUCAUCUCUGGCUGUGGUCCAGCUGAUCAGCAUAAUCUCCACUGCUUGUGCUUUUCUCUAUUAUUUAGUUUUAUUCAUUGUCUCUGGCUGUGGUCCAGCUGGUCAGCAUGAUCUCCACUGCUUGUACUUUUCUCUAUUAUUUAGUUUUAUUCAUCGUCUCUGGCUGUGGUCCAGCUGGUCAGCAUGAUCUCCACUGCUUGUACUUUUCUCUAUUAUUUAGUUUUAUUCAUCGUCUCUGGCUGUGGUCCAGCUGGUCAGCAUGAUCUCCACUGCUUCUGCUUUUCUCUAUUCUUUAGUUUUAUUCAUCGUCUCUGGCUGUGGUCCAGCUGGUCAGCAUGAUCUCCACUGCUUGUACUUUUCUCUAUUCUUUAGUUUUAUUCAUCAUCUCUGGAUGUGGUCCAGCUGAUCAGCAUGAUCUCCACUAGUUGUGCUUUUAUCUAUGCUUUAGUUUUAUUCAUAGUCUCUGGCUGCAGUCCAGCUGGUUGGCAUGAUCUCCACUUUUUUUUUUCUCUAGUCUUUAUUUAGUUGCCAUCACAGCUCUUGAGAAUGCUUUUGAUCUUUAACUUAUUAAUGGAAAUGGCCCAGAUUCCCGUCUCCAUCCACAUGUAGCUCAAUCAUUAUAGCAUCUGGAGAUGGCCUGUCCAUUCCCUACCUAAUCAACACAGCUCCAGUUGGCUCUGAGAAAACCAGAGAUGUUAUGAAAGGGCAAGUACCCAUAGACAUCCCAAGAGAUGAUUGUUUGUAGGAACUCAUGGAGUCACCCAAGGAUGAAUGGUGAAAAGCUAUGGGUAGGAGGACAUCUUCACCAGACACUGAUGAGGUCUUUGUGGGAUGUGUCGUAUGAACUAUUGGACUGGAUGUCUUGAGAUGGGAUAUGGAUUAGGAUCCAUCAUUCUGGUACUGACAGGAUCUCGGGUGUUAUUAUUUAUAUUUGUCCCUCUCACUGUAUAUAC